CUCUAGUGCAAUGAUAUUUUUUAAAUGAAUUUUUUUUAAAUGAAAAUCAGACGACGCGAUUCGAGGCCAAUGGAACGGACAAACGCUGCCCAUCAGAAAUAGCAGAAAUAGGACGCGAGUGAACCAAGUAGAAGCGCACAGGAACGGGAGCGAGCGAAACAGCAGAAGUUAGCAGAGGGCCCAGAAGUCCACAAGGCACCAGCAGCAAAGUGAGGCAGCGCAGCGUAGAGCAAGGGAAGACAACAAAACGCAACAAAGAGACGCAAGUGAAGCCAGUAAAGCAUGAGCUGGCGCUGAAACAAAAACCGAAACCGAAAUUGAAACUAAAACCGCAACUGUAACUGCACGUGGAAGGGAAGUGAAGCCAAAAGGAAGAAAUAAGAAUCAAGAUUCAAGGCGAACGCUGGCGAGGGAAGCAUAACGUGGCGACAAUAACAAAGCUAAAGAAGAGAACUCAUAACUGUUAAGGGCUCCCGUGGUACGGUAAACGGAAGAGGCAAAGCGGCAGGCAGGUGCAACUGCUUCUCCAACACUCGCACAUUCGCUUGGCAUCCAUAUCCCAUAUAUCCCACCUACAUCCAGAGCACGGCAGGAAGACGGCGUCGCAUCAGCAACAUCAUCAUCGCCAUCAGCAGAAGCAAUCCACCAAUAGCAGCAGCAAUAACAAUAACAACAUGAGCACCGUGUUCAUAAAUUCGAGAAAAAAUCCCAAUGUGCCGAAGAAACAGGGCACCGACCAGUGGGUCAAGCUAAAUGUGGGUGGCACCUACUUUCUGACCACCAAAACGACGCUCUCCCGUGACCCAAAUUCGUUUCUGUCCCGUCUUAUACAGGAGGACUGCGACUUGAUAUCGGAUCAGGACGAAACUGGAGCAUAUUUGAUCGACAGAGACCCAAAGUAUUUUGCGCCCGUGCUCAAUUAUCUGAGACAUGGCAAGCUCGUGCUUGAUGGCGUCUCCGAGGAGGGUGUGCUGGAGGAGGCCGAGUUCUACAAUGUGACACAGAUGAUAGCGCUGCUCAAGGAGUGCAUCAACCACAGGGAUCAGAGGCCGCAUGCGGACAAGAAGCGCGUCUAUCGCGUGCUGCAGUGCCGCGAGCAAGAACUGACCCAGAUGAUCUCAACACUGUCGGAUGGCUGGCGGUUCGAGCAGCUGAUCAGCGUCGGCACACAGUACUCCGCCUACGGCCCCUUCGAUAGCAAUGAGUUCCUCUGCGUGGUAUCCAAGGAGUGCGGCACCACGGCCGGCCGCGAGCUAGAGCCCAGCGAUCGGGCCAAAGUUCUGCAGCAGAAAGGAUCGCGAAUUCUUGGAAUUUAAACACACAAAAUCCCCGCAUACCGUAAUCUCCACCAUCAUCAAAAUACAUCAUUCUAAAGAGCAACAAAAACAGAACAGACAAC